CAUUUUGUGUGCGCUGGAAACAGAGCUUUCGUCUUCUUCGCUACUAUUUUCUAAUCAAUCAUCCAUGGCCGAGAUUGAAUUGAAGACUGCACCUGGUGACUAUCGUUUCCCAACAACAAACCAAAGCAGACACUGUUUCACACGCUAUGUAGAGUUUCACAGAUGUGUUGCAGCAAAGGGUGAUGAUGCUUCAGAAUGUGACAAGUUUGCUAAAUUCUAUCGUUCUCUUUGCCCUGGUGAAUGGGUUGACAGAUGGAAUGAACAGAGGGAGAAUGGGGUAUUUCCAGGGCCUCUGUGAUAUCCGAAUAUCAUCAUCAUCAUCAUCAUCAUCAGAUAUUUGGGCAUCUUUUGAAUUUGUCUUCUGUUGUGUUUGUGUUUGUAAGAUUUUUUGGCUAAUAAGAUAUAUUUCAUGGACAAAAGGCAUGAUUGACUGUUAUUUUUUACUGACGUUUCUUGAUCAUGUGGAUCCUUCAAGAUAUACUAUUUAUGUUGCUUUUUUCAU